AUGGCACCUCGCAAGCCUUGGAGCGAAAUUGCCGUCUACGUCACUGAAGCUGAAGGAAUCGAUAUUCUCGAGAACAUGAAGUCGUAUCAGAUCCACAGGAGCGAUCCAGUCAUGUGCACUAUCUGCGCCUACAGCGGAGACCAAGACAUGCGCUAUCCACUGCUCAAGUUCGUAUCUACCACGUGUGCUUUAGCUCUGUCGCAGGCGUGCCCUUGGCGCGGCAAUCUACUGGUGUGCCUGAAAACACGCAGGACUACAAUCCUAGAACAAGAAGAGCAUUUCAGCCAGGCCUCCUCCCCAAAGCGGCUCAAGCUAAGCAGCGCCCAGAAGCAAUUCUGUCGAGAGCUGACGGAGGAACGUUUGAGGCCCAUGCGUAUCCGGCACGCCCUGUCCAGGCAGUUUGGUGUAGCGCUGGAUUUGUUGCCGAGUCUAACGACAGUGCAAAACUACGUCAACAACUACUCGCGGUCGAUGCUGAACAAUCAUGAUCGCGUUGAUGACAUCAGAAAGUGGAUCGGGGACAGAGCUUACACUGGUGAAGAGCCAAUGACGCAGCCAUUUACAUUUUCGUGGGAGAUCGACAUGCAUGGGAGACCGCUUGUUGGUGAUGGAUCCGACGAGAACCCGUUUUUGGUGGGCAUCUCUUCAAAGGCGAUGAUGUUUCGACUGGCGGCCCCACCCGACAGUUUCAUCCUGCACAUUGACGCAACUUACAAGCUUAAUCGGCUUGAGUACCCAGUCGUGGUUGUCGGCAUUUCGGAUCAGUCUCGCGGGUUUCAUUUGGUGGCUCUCUUCAUUGUUUCUCAAGAAGUCCAAGAGAUCUAUGAAUCUGCUCUACGCGCGCUGGACCGACUGUUUACAUGGAUAACCGGGCAAAAGCUAGUGGUUUACUUCUCCAUGGUAGACGCGGACCAAGCGCAAUACAACGCGCUCAACGCCGUAUUCGGAACAAACGCUCAGUUCAAGUGUCUGAUGUGCUUUUUCACGUCAUGA